AAAAUUCGCAUCGUCUACCUGCAGCAUUCGAGAAGAAUCGAGUUUUGAAAAGAUUCGUGCACCAGGUUUGCACGCCAUUUCCUAAAAAUUUUUUUACAGGUAUAACCGUAUUUUCGGUGAAUAUUCGCGUCAAACUAAAACGCUGAGAAAUGCCUAAGUAAAUUUUACUUGUGAAAAGAAAGGUAUUCAAAGAGUGCUAGGUUAUAAAACCAAUUCAUUUUUAUCUUGGGGGAAAAUAAAUUUCCAGCUAUUUUUUUUUUUGAAAUAUUUUGGGAAUUAUGGAAACGAAUAAAGUUGACGAGGAGGGCCUACGAGGUGUUAAUGAUGGUGAUUGGAUUUGUAUCGAUGCACAGUGUGCAAAUGUCAACUUUGCAAGAAGAAGUUCUUGUAACAGAUGUGGGAAAGAUAGAGGCGAGUGUGCAAAGAAAAAAAAGUUAGGACAAGAAAUUGGAAAAGCAGCCGCUGAGAAAAGUAGGGGUUUAUUCAGUGCAGACGACUGGCAAUGCAGUAAAUGUGGAAAUGUAAAUUGGGCACGAAGACAACAAUGUAAUAUGUGUAAUGCUCCAAAAUUCGGCGAAGUAGAGGAAAGAACAGGAUAUGGUGGCGGUUAUAAUGAUCGAGGAGUCGUUGAAUAUAAAGAGCGAAGGGAAGACGAUGACGAUGAAUAUGAUGAAUUUGGUCGACGGAGAAAGAAAAGAAAAAUCGAAAAUCGUUCGGAUGAUGAUUCCAAGGAUUCCCGAUAUAAUAGUCCACCUCGUGAUAAAUCGAAGAAUGAAGAAGAAAUCGAAGAUACAAAAAAAGAAGAACAAGAAGAAGAAGAAGAGGAAGAAGAUAAAGAAAAAGAACCAAAUGAGGAAGAGGAAGAUGAAGACGAGGAUGAUGAGGAUGAUGGUGAUUUAUCAAAGUACGAUCUCAGUGAAUGGGACGAUUUAGUACCAGCGAAGAAAAGUUUAAAUGGUUCUACAACAUCCGUGGAAGGAAAACGAACAAGAAACGGAGAUGAUUGAGUGCGAUAUUGAGACGUUCAACUAUUGAAUUCAAAGCUACAGUACAGAUGAGCCGAAUAAAAAAUACACAUCUUGACAGGACAGCACUGCUGCUACCGCAUUGUUUAGCCAGCACAUUUCGAUUUUCCAUCAUUAAAUGACGCAUAUAUACUCGAAGAAAAUCCUGCUCUAUACAUAUAUAUAUUUAUUAAAUAGUCUUUAUAAUUGUGCGAGAAAAAAAAAGCAUUGUAUAGAACUUGUAAACUUCAUAAGGACCCCAGAAGGAAUGUUUUCUUUCUUCAAAGAUAAUAAUUCUCUGAAGACUCUUUGUCCUUAAUCUCUCAUUAUAUCAUUGUUAGCUGGAAAUACGAUUAAUAGCUACUUUGAUUUUUCAUAAUUACCACAUAUUUAUAUAGGAGAAAAAAGAAGGCCGAUACGAUUUUAUUCGCCGAUAGAAUUUUUUUUUUUUUUUAAUAAAAUUUUACUAAACUUUUGUUUAGUAUUUUCUAGAAAGUAUUUGUAAAUCAUUUUUUUGUUUUUUUUUUACUAGAAACUUUGAUACCUGUAAUUGAUAAUUAGUAUUAGUUUGACACUGUCGACUGCUAAAAUAUUGCAUUCUAGUAAAUUUUUUAAUUUCUUUAAAUAAAAGUAAAUGAAAUGAAAAAUAUAAUAUAAAACGAUUAUCAGUAAUUUAUACUAAAAAUGCAAUUUUUACAGCUGAUACUUACCUAAUUGAUUUUCUACAAAUUUUCUUUUUUCUAAACAGUUCCGCUUUUAAUAGUGUAACAAUGUUUACAUUUAAAGAUAUGUAAAUAUAUAUUAUAUUAUCUAAAAAAUAAAAUUAAAAUUGUUAUUAGUUUCAAAAUCUUAUAGAGAAAAACAAAGAAAGAAGAAAAAUUGAAAUCAAUUUUAAAAAGAAAAUAUGAUAGGUUGUGAAUAGUUUCGAAUACAGACAAAAGAUAUUCUGGAUUUAAAUAUUAUUCUUUAUUUUUUUUCUUUUUUAUAAACAAAAGUUGAUUUUUCUUUAAUUUAUAAUUAUUUUUUUUUCUUUUUAUACAAUAUUAAUAGAAGGGAAAUAUUUUUUCGUUCUAAAGGAAAUACAGGUUUUAUUUUAUUUUUUUUUUAUAACGCUGUAUUAAAAUUGAUGUUCAUUUUCUUUUUUUUUUUAAUAUAAAACUUUAUACAUAAAUGAAGAGACUAAAAAAUUAAUUCCAGAACAUCCUUAAGGAAGCGUAUUUUUUUUCGUCUAAGAAAAAAAAAUAAACACAAUAUUGAGAGAAAGAGAGAGAGAGAAAGAGAGAAAAUGGUAUUAUAUAUAGAAAUCGGCAAAAUUAAUUUCAAAAACAAUUUUUGUUAUUAAUACCCUCUAUCGAUUGGUUCUCACACGGAAUUCUUGUAAAUAUCUUUAUUUUAUUUUUCAUUUAUAAUAAAAAUCAUUCGUCAACAA